AAGUCUUGGAGACAGAUUCAAACUCAGGGCACCAUGAAAAUCGAAGCCAUUCAGAACAGCCAAGCGAAGAGUUCUGAUCAGUCUCCCAAAUUGGACAAUAGCCUGGAUAUUUUAAAGAACCAUGUCCUGAAUGAGCUGAUACAGACAGAGAGGGCGUAUGUUCGAGAGCUGUUUACUGUUUUGUUGGGCUACAGAUCUGAGAUGGACAAUCCACAGAUGUUUGACCUUAUGCCACCUCUCCUGAGAAAUAAAAAGGAUGUUCUCUUUGGAAAUAUGGCAGAAAUAUAUGAAUUCCAUAACAACAUUUUCAUGAGCAGACUGGAAGAUUGCUCUGAUGCUCCAGAAAGAGUGGGACCUUGCUUCCUGGAAAGGAAGGAUGAUUUUCAGAUGUAUGCCACAUACUGUCCAGAAUAA